AACUUCCUGUACAAUAAUCUUGAUAUCAUUAGCUACAAAGAUAGGUUUGUUUGGCUGUUCAAGCAAAGACGAAUGGCUUAAGUAACGGUGUGCUAAACUUGAUUAUCGGUAUUGAAUUAAAUACACAUACAGUAGCUAGCAUUCAAGCUGCUAUAUAACUCAAGCAACCGGAUAGCAGAUUCCAAACAUCUCAUAUAUCGAGACGGUCCUGGCCACAUUGAAGGACAGUAUGGUAGAGGUUGUGGUGGAGUAUGAGUACGAAGCCCUCCAUGAAGAUGAGCUGACCCUGAGGCUGGGAGAAGUGAUCAGGAACGUCUGCAGGAUGGAGGAGGAGGGAUGGAUGGAGGGAGACCUCAACGGGAAGAGAGGACUCUUCCCUGACAACUUCGUCAAGGAGAUGAAGAAGGAGCUGAAUGUGACAAAAGAGGAGGCCAAGGAGGAGGCGCAGCCCCAGCGGAGAGAGAAGAGUGCAGGGAACGUGGCCAACCUGGUCCAGCGGAUGAGCACCUACGGCAUCCCAGCUGGGGGCUUCCAGCCACACUCACAGCCACGCGGUCUCAAGAAGAAACCUAAGAAGCGGCAGUGCAGGGCGCUGUUUGAGUACGUGCCCCAGAACGAGGAUGAGCUGGAGCUGAAGAUGGGGGAUAUCAUCGACAUCAAUGAGGAGGUAGAGGAAGGCUGGUGGAGUGGAACCAUGAACGGCAAAUCAGGACUGUUUCCCUCCAACUUUGUCAAAGAGAUGGAGACGAACGCAGACGGACAGACAAAUGACUUAACAGAUGAAGCAGAUGCCAGCGGUAAAGAAGCUCUGCUCCCCCCCUCGCCCACCCACCCCUCUCCAGGCAAUGGAGUGAUCACCCAGCCCAAGAAGAUCCGGGGGGUGGGCUUUGGGGACAUCUUCAGGGAAGGCUCGGUCAAGCUAAAGGCCCGCCUGCCCAGCACAGAGGGAGAGGAGAAGAAAGACAAACCAAUCCCAUUAUUACCAUCUGCCGCAAAGUCCGCCCAUUCCAACGUGACAGACUCACAGAAAGCAGAGGGGGACAGCAAAGCAAAAGUAAAAGAAUACUGCAAGGCCACCUUUGCGUUUGAAGCCACAAACGAAGACGAGCUGACACUGAAAGAGGGUGACGUCAUACAGAUUUUGAGUAAGGACACAGGGGAGCCGGGGUGGUGGAGAGGGGAGAUCGGCGGUAAAGAGGGGGUUUUUCCUGACAACUUUGUGGCUGUGAUGUCAGACGCAGACAAAGAGCCGGCUCCCACAUCAAGAGGAUCAGUCAAACUCUCUCCCAAGCAGGAAGCAGAAGAGAGACCCAAGAAGCCACCCCCACCAUCAAAAAGCAUAGCUCGCAAACCCGAGGUCCCGUUGGCUGACAAGAAGCCCCUGCAUCCGCAUCCUGAGGACAGAGGUGACAAGACGGAUCAAAAACUGUCAAAGCCUACUGCCCCUCUGGUCCCGCCCAAGAAACCUGUACCCCCGCCAGGCAAGGGUAAACCAGGCGUCCUCCCCCCAAAACGUCCAGACAAGCCUCUCGCACCCUCCCUAGGGGCCAAGCACAAUGGAGAGGUGCCUUCCACACUUCCAAAGUCUGACUUUGAGCCAACGUUACCCAGCAAACCAAAAACGCUGUCGGGUGACUGGGGGGACAAAGCCCUUGACAUGGACCUGAUGAGCUUUGAUGAUCUGUCGUCUACCUCUGAGAAGCUGUCUCACCCCACCGCUAACAGACCAAAGAUGGCUGGCAAGAGGCUUCCUGCUCAGUUUGGAGGAGGCCACUCUCCAAACAAGGACAUCAGCGUGGAGAAAACCUUCAAGUUUGACGAAGAGGACCGCCCCAAGCCAAAGUUGAUAGACGCAAGAAAGCCAUCCAUGCCCAGCUCACACUCCCAAUCUCCCGUCCCCAAGCCCAGCCCAUCCCCGUCAGAGGGGCUCAAGGCCAGUGCGGCUUCGGCCCCUGGCCGCAGAAGCCCCAGCCCAGGCCCCAGCGCGGAGACCAAGCCCAAGGCAGAGCCAGAGGAGUGGAAGUCUGAGCUGCAGGACCUCAGAGGCCAAAUGAAAGAACUGCUGCUGUCUGUGGAGCUCCUCAAGACCCAGCAAAUGAGAGAGAUGGCAGAGCUGAGAAGCGAGCUGGAUGAGGAGAGGUUGAAACGAGUGGCCCUGCAGAUGGAGAUAGAGAAAUUAAAGAAGAUGGUUCAUUCGACGUGAAGUCUGACCCAAUCAGCCUGGAACAUCAGUCACCUAUCGGUCUGUCUCUAAGUACAAACAGGAAGGGGACGAUGGCAUUCCUAUAAUACUUUUAGUUAUCAUCAACCUAUUCCACAUUUGUAAGAUUUACAUUUUUGCACAUAUUAAGGUUUUCUAGUUCUAGAAAGGUGUAAUUAA